CUCCCUGCCUGCCUUGUAAUUGUUCACCUGUAAUCCGCGCGCACUUUGACAAACAGCUUUUGACACGACUAUGGUUCGGCUUGGGUGAGGGCCGAAACUCUGUGGUGGAAUGGAUGUUGACAUCGGAGCUGAUGAUGUCGACCCAUUGGAUUUCGUUCCUGUGACCUCUUUCACACCGGAUGAUGGAGCCCAAAGGCAGGAAGCUGACAUCAGAGUCAGAGUCAAAUCGUUGACUUUGCCACUUUCAUCGCAUUGGUAUCAGCAGAUUCGAGAUGGUCACAAACACGUUGAGAUUCGAGCGGCCAUUCGACACUGGGAGGUCCGGUGUCGAGACAUCACGCAUGUGGUGUUUCAGCUUGGCUACAACCCAUCGAAGAGAUUGGCCCCGAAGCGAGUUACAUUGAUUGAGCGGAUGCACGUUUCCGAUGCUUGUAAACAAUUCGACAUUCCCUUUUCAGAGUGUGGCAAGUUGUUCCAUGGAUGCACUGAUGUGCUAGCUAUUCAUUUUGAGUAGGAGCCGAUUGUAUUGCAAGAGUCUAGUGAAGUGGC